AUGACAACAAAAACGACAAUUACCUUAUCACCAAUAAAACAUCAUCAUGGAUCAAUUAAUUUAAGAAAAAGUCGUCAAAUAUUUUUAUUAAUAAAUCGUAAACAACAAAUGAACUUAUCAUUAACAAUACCAAUAAUAAAUUCUUUACCAACAAUGAUUACAGAUAGUUGUGAAAAACAAAUUAUACUACCAAUGAAAUUACCUGAUCUUGUUAAUGAUAUUCUUAUUGAACAACAACGACGAGAAAUUAUUGUUAAUAUUGCAACUAUAUUAAGAAAAGUUGGUGAUCAAAUUGAUGAACAAUUACAGAUAAACAACACUUCAUCAGUAUCAUCGUCAUCAUCAUCAAUUGAUCACAUAUUUGGCCAACGAACCAUUACAUUCAUUCAUGGUUUAUGUCAUGUUCUUCGUUUUUUCUUGUAA